AUGGCAAUAGCAUCAUCUUCUCUCACCUACAGGCUACAGUCCUCUUCUACUCUUGUUCCUCCUGGCCUACUCGUGCAGCGCAUCGCCCAGCGGUCAACCCUCCUGUCCACCUGUAAACUCCUUAGCCAUCCUCGCCGCCAUCCACCUGGUCCUUUGCAGCUGCGUGUCCCGACCAGCUACGCAGUGGUCGACUGCGCCACGCCGCCGACUUCCUCGGACGACAGCGCUGCUGCCUUCCGCGACAGCCUCCUGCCACUCCUGGCCGCGCUACCCGCAGCCGCCGCGCCGACGGGGUUCGCGACCCUUCAGUCCGGCGGCGGGGCAUUCGCCCGCGGCUUCUGCCUGGGCGCCUCCGCGCCGAGAGAGUGCCUCGCGUGCCUCGCCGCGGCCGCCAAGAACCUCACCGGCUGCGGCGCCAGCAGGCGCGCCGGCGUGUGGAGGGCCGAGGGCUGCUUCCUGUCCUACGCCGACGACAAUACCUCCUCUGCGUACGAGGAAUCUUUCCUCCAGGUCGUCUACUCCGGCGAGGAAGUCUUACCCCCCGACAUCUCCUGUGAGGACAGUUCCGACCCCGGCUGCUUCGAGCCGCGGAGGCUCGUCGCGCUCGCGGAGUCCCUGGCGCGGCGCGGCGCAGCCAACAGCUCGGGCGCGCGCGUCGUCGCCGACGCGGCCGCGCUCUCGAUCAACGCCACUGUGAAGACCGCGGUGACGUUGCGGGCGCAGUGCGCGAGGGACCGCGCGGCGGCGGAGUGCGCCCGGUGCCUGGGGUACUUGGCGCGAGUGUUGGAGGCGUGCACCUGGUGGCUUGACGGCGAGUAUGCUUAUGUGGCCGCCGACGUGGUCGGCUACAACUGCUUCCUGCGGAUCGAGGCUUCAGUUCCUAAGGGUCGGCGCCUGGCGAAAUAUAUGAAGGAUUCUGUCAAGAUAACCUUGUGCGUCACCACACUGCUCGCACUGGUUUUUACCGCUCUCACCGCGGCAAUCGCGUGCGUCGAUGUGAGAAAGAACCGCCCAGUGGCGGCGGGAAUGUAGCAGCAGCAGGUGGAGAUUAGACAAGCUAGGAGCAUCCUUCCGGAUCCGUUGCUGUUGUGCCACUCAUCUCCCCACUGCCUUGUUCCUCCCCAACCUGAUGUCUUCCCAAAGCCGAAUUGAUCAUCCAUUUCGACGUGAAUGCAGCAAAUAACGAUCCCGUUUUCAUGUACCAUCAAAGUAUUUUGAAUGUACCGUAGCUUGGUAUUAAUUUAGAGUUUAAAUAUGAUGUACUACCAGUAUUACUUUGGAUGAACUACUAGUUAUUCCUGAAUGUGCCAUGAACGCACUUACUAAUUUCUGAAUUUGUAAUAUUAUGUUCUCGGUGAUUUCCGUGAUUUAUUUUAUUUUA